AUGGGCGAAUGUUUUCAAGACACAAAUAAAAAAUUCAUUUGUUCUUUUUUCAAUUGUAAAGCUUCGUUUUCGAAGUCAUGGAAACUCGAAGCUCACCUUUGCAAACACACGGGACUGAAGCCGUUUUCUUGUGAGCGUUGUGAUAAGAGCUUUUGUACCCGUUACCAACUCACCCGCCAUCAGUUCAUCCACAGCGGAGACAAACCUUACUUGUGUUCAGUUGAAGGAUGUUCAGAAUCGUUUGCCACCAACGGCAGUCUGAAAAACCACGUAGCUCGCGUGCACCAGAACAAAGAGAAGCAGUACGUGUGUGACUAUGAAGGUUGUGGCAAAGAGUUCCACAAGAAUAAACAACUGAAGGACCACAAAUGCACACACGCUAAUCAGCUCCACUUUGUGUGUAACUCUGAGGGUUGUCAGAAGAAAUUUCCAGCUCUUUCAAAUCUGAAACGACAUGAGAAGGUCCAUGAAGGUUACCUGUGUGUGGAGGAAGGAUGCUCCUUCCGGGGGAAAACCUGGACUGACUAUCAGAGACACAGAAGAGCAGAGCACAGAGCGAACUUGCCGUGUGACGGUUGUAAGAAGGUUUUCCACGAACCCUGGUUCCUGAAGAAACACCAAGAGCUCGUUCACUCCGGAGAGAGAAGGGCGUUCAGGUGUCCCAAAGAAGGAUGUAAGAAGACAUACACCACGCGCUUCAACCUGGAGAGCCACAUUUUGACUUUCCACGAGGGCAAGAGGCCAUUCACCUGCUCUCAUGUUAACUGUAAUAAAACGUUUGCGAUGGAGGAAAGCCUGCAGAGGCAUGCUGUGGUCCAUGACCCACAGAGGAAAAAACUGCAGGUAAGGUCUAGGAAUCUGCUGACGUCAUGA